AUGUCUGCUAACAAGCAAGCUGGGGCAAGGCCUGAUUCGCCGCCUUCGUAUGAUCAGACCACCGCCGCCUGUUCUGCCAGCACCUCAACACCCGAGAAGCAGCAGCCGUCGAUUGAGUCACCUUUCAACUUCCCCACAGACACGGCCCCCAGCUAUGCUCAAGCCAAGCCAAUCCAGCGACCGGUAGCGCUGCCGCAGGGGCAGCCAGACGCAAAAGCCCCGUUCCUGUCAGCGUACCCGCCGUCGCUGCAGAUGUACGGUAUCACGGCCGGGACUUGGCACGCCUUUGUUCACACCAUCAGUGCCUUUCUGAGGGCGUCGGUAAGCGACAAGGCAGUCUCGCACGCGGCUGAUAUGGCACGGCAGGUCGGCAACGUGCCCAAGCAUUUCGGUCAGGCAACAGCCAGCCACGCGCGCACCGUCGGGCACGGCAUCGCCGACAAGGCCCGCGCCGGCAACUACGUCGGUGCCGGGUUCGGCGCUAUCAGCGGUGCCAUCAGUCUGCCGGUCGGAACUGCCAUCCGCGCGGUCGGCGCUGUGGUGCAGCUACCAUUUGCCGCCCUCAACGCCGCGGCCACCAAGCCCAAGACGCCCCGCGAGCGCGCCACUGCCUAUGUCGGCGCCGCCAACAAGGACUGGUUCCAUCCACGACAGCUGCAUGCGAGCAUCCUCGAUUCGUCCGAGCUCGCCCACCUGGUCCACGCUACCCCCGACGCCAUUGUCCGCAGCGCCGACGAAAACCGCGCAUCCGGCUCCGCCGCCCAGAUGGAUGCUCUGAGCCAGUGGAUCGCGCCGGUCAUAGUCGGCGACGAUGCCGACUGUGUUUCGCUCAACCUGGCAACCGAUAACACAUUGUGGCUUGUCGUCACCCAUGGCGUUGAACCAGUCACUGAAGGCGCCAUCAAAAAGUAA